GGUGUCCCGUCUUCCCCCACUCUAUAUUAUCUUUAUGCAGAUAUUUUAAAAGGAGUACUUGCCCUUAGCGAAAUGAUUGCGUAUAGCAGAGCUGUCUUAGCGUUUCUGCUACUCCUACGCUGCGGCCUAUGCAACAAAUACUUACCGAGGCCUCCUAGUUACUCCUUAUACGAUUAUGUAGCUGAAUACGAAGCUACAACCAUAGCUGACUAUGGGAGUAUGGAAUGCAACCAUAUAACAUUCUGCCCUGGAGAAUCGGGCUGGGAAGCAGGCGCUGGCGACGACUGCCAAAAGCAUGUUGACUGCAUUGCGCUCAGCAAUAUUACAUCUGCAAUACCAAGCGAUUCGUUUGGGAUUCUUAUACGUGGAAGUACAUUUAAAACCCUAAGGCCAAAAGACAUGCUAAAUAUGACUAAGCUACGGUAUCUACAUAUUGAGUACAAUGAUAUAACUACAAUGGAACCGAACUGUUUUGCUGCGCAAGGGAAAUUAAAGUCUCUACGAAUUGAAGGUAACAUGAUUGCAAACGUAUCUCCAAACACCUUUACCGGUCUCGGACGUGUAACCGAAAUUAGCCUAAGCAACAACGGCAUUAGAGAACUACACCGAGGGUCAUUUUCUGGACUACCAAUCGCAAAAACCUUAGAUUUAGCAUUCAACAUGGUACACACUCUAAAAGACAACCAGUUUUUGGGACUCGACAAUUUGAAACAAUUGAAUUUAAUGAAAAAUAACAUUUCAACAAUUUCGCCUCUGGGUUUUGCGGGUUUAACAAAACUACAAGUUCUGAAUUUGAAAUUGAACAAAAUCCACCAAUUUCCGAGCACGCAGUUGAAGGUGUUGCCUGCUCUGGAUACUUUGCUAUUAGGUAUUAAUCCGAUAACAGAAAUACGAAGAGAGGCGCUUAGAGGAAUGAAACUGCUCCGCCAACUCUGGCUUGAAGGCUGUAAUAUAAGUUCUAUAGCAAGACGCGCGUUUAACAAUAAAGCGCUUCAAACUUUGGUAUUGGAACGGAACGAAUUGGAAAAUUUUCCGAACCUGGGACGAAUGCGAAAUUUGGAGAUUCUGAAUUUGGAUGAUAACCCUUGGAAAUGUGACUGUGACGCCGUAUCUAUGCUAAAAUGGAUUAGCAGGCAUGAGCUUACAGAGUUAUACGUCGAAUGCGAAACGCCAAGAUACAGGCAUGGGGUGAAUAUGCUUACAUACACCGAAGAGGGCUUAUGUGAUACUAUACCCGUUUACGAUAGCGGUAAAACUGAAAACAUUACAAUGCCAGUUAUAAAGCUAAGGCACCCCAUUUUAUUGAGACCUAAUCAAAUACCGUUAAAAAGAUCGGGAGAAAAAAACACAGAUUCUGAUAAGGAAAUGGAAAACUAUAACGACGGCAGCUUUGUGCACUUUGGAAAUGGGAAUUCUCACGACAUUUCUGGUGAUUUUUCUGGCGAAAUUGGAUUAAAUUUACCUACAGUUAACAGGUCUGUUUCUACUGUACAUGAAGUGCCGAAAAACCCUGGUCAAGCCGAUCUUUCCGUUAUAGUUGUGAUUGUAGUCACUCUGGUCAUUGCUAUGAUCGUUGUAACAGUAGUUAUCGUUUGGAAAGUCAGCUCUCGGCACGAACGCAACACGAGGCCUCGGUUUCGGCGACAAGGCCCGAUUGUUCGGCCAGCAAACGACACGAACGGAAAAAACGGCGAAAAUGAAUACAGACUCCAAAGGCAAAACCGUCGGCAAAAUGAUUAUUCGAAAUACCAAGCUGCAGCGGCUGUUUCGGACGAGCCGGCGCAGACAUCGCUUGGCGAUGACGUCAAGUCCGGUGACGUCACACCUGAUGACGUCAUCAACCAAAACGGGGCCGAGGUCGAGCAUUAUUGUGACGUACAUAGCACCUCGGAUGAAAAGCAGACGUGAAUUACUGAAAACAUCAAAGAAAUGAGUAUGUACAUACUGAAAACAAAUUAAACGUUUAUAGUUCUGUGGGGUAAGCCGGGAUACUGUAAGCAACUAAAUCCCAUAUUUCCUGAUCGUGUUUUUAACAAUUAACAACGCUCUUUCAGAGUCGUGAGGAUACGGUUAUAUAAUUCUGUAAAUAUUCUUUGUUUACUACCAAAUGGGACGGAAAAAUAGAAUAAAAAAGUCCCAUUUUGCCCCUUAAUGUCCCAUUUUGCCCCUUAAAGUUUCAAAAUAAAACUGUGUCUCAAACUGUAGCCAAUUUGCCCAUAUAAGUCCAAGCCUGUACGACUGGCAAAUUGGACUCCAACAGCGCCAGUGGACAAACCGGUUUGACAAACUGUAAAACGGAUUUGUCAUGACCUAGCCAUGGCGCCUACAUGCCUGCCGAAUUCCCUAAUUUCCGACGCAGACAUUUCCAAUUAUUUCCUGUAUUACUUGUACACUGUUUCGUUCGACUGGCUUUUCAACUUUUCUAGACUUCAAAAAUGUAAUGUUAAACUGGAAAGAAUUUUCGUGAGUUUUAACACGUAUGCUUAUAAACAGAAAUAUAGUAGAGUGGGGGAGACGGGAAACCUAUUCAUUCUAUUUUCCCGUCCUAUUUAGUAGUAAACAAAGAACAUUUAAAGAAUUAUAAAACUGUAUCCUCAUGACUCCCAUAGACCGUUGUUAAUUGUUUAAAACUCGAUCAGGAUGUUUGGAUAUUAUGUGCUAAAGGUGUCCCAUCUUCCCCUACCCUACUGUAUAUUAAAUAUAUUGGAUUUCCUAGGCUUUAGAAAUGUACUUUUAAACUGUAAAGGCAUUUUCGGGAGUUUUCAAACGUAUUCUUACAAAGAGUAAAAUAAGGGUAUACCCUUAUUACAAAAUUACGUAACUGUUUAAGCUGUUCCUAAUUGCCCAAAAGGUAGCACUGUCGUACACUCGCGUAUUUCUAUAGCCCCAUUAGUCGUGUUUUGGCUGGACUGCAAAGAAAUGAAUUCUCAGAAUUGUGCCAACGUUUUCAAAUUCAUAUAUAGGUCACACCAUGCGAAUAAAGUUAACGUAUACAAACAAUUACAAAAAGUUUGCAUUUUUUAAAUGUUAUUCGUUUAAACUUCAAAAAAAUAUUUUUUGCUUUGUGUCUUUUUUAUUUCUGUUUAUAAAAAUGAUUGUAAACUUAACCAAAAUUUUGUUUGUUACUGCAGUAUACCCAUUUGUAGUUAAUCUUUUUUGUCCAUGCUUAUAUAGUAGGGUGGGGGAAGAUGGGACACUUUAAGCACAUAAUAUCCAAGUAUCCUAAUCGUGUUUUAAACAAUUAACAACGAUUUAUGGGAGUCGUAAGGAUAUAGUUUUAUAAUUCUUUAAAUGUUUAUUGUUUACUACCAAAUGGGAUACGAAAAACGAACGAAUACCUGUCCCAUUUUCCCCCACUCUACUAUAACACAUAUGCGAUUGUGUAUAUUUAAUUUAGUAUGUCUGUAAAGCUAUUCACUGCCCUUUUACCGUUUCUAACAAUUUGCGCAAUAAAAUCUCGCAAAUUUUAUA